AUGUCUUCCUCCACAAAUCAAGCAGACAAUGGUGAUAACGAUGAUGAUGAUGAUGUUGGUGAAAGACAACGUAAAUCAGUAGUGACUGAAUGCAACAGUAAUGCUGUACAGGCGAGACAAUUAUUUUCUAAUCGUAUACUCACUGAAAUUUAUCAUCGUAUUAAAGCGAGACCACUACUCACCGGUGCUGAUCAAACAGACACUGUCCGACGUAUAUCAAAAGCAAUAGGAAAUUUAAAUCAAGUGACAAUUCUACCGCAUAAAUCUACUACGAAUAAUUUUGAUUUGGUUGAUACACAUCGUAGAUUAGUGUGUUACUGUACUGUUAUUCAUAUUAUACAAAACCAGCCUCCAGAGAAAGAGACCAGGGCACUGAGACACUUAUUUGUAUUCAAUGAUUUAAUUAUUCUUGCCAAAGAUGCCUCAUCCUCCUCGUCCCCCUCCACAUCAUCGUCAAAACACCUCGGUGGUAGAAAAUCUAUCUUCGACAGAUCAAAACAUCGACAGAUAUCAACUGAUAAUGUACUAUUCAGUCGGCAUAAAUGCAACGAUGAAUUCCUUCAACCCCCACUGGAUUUACUUAUUAACAGUUUCGAUGAUAAACAUCAACAGCUGAAUAACUUACAGUCUAGUGCAUUUAUCUGUGCUCAACCUCCUGUUCAUUGUUUGCCGUAUACACGAAGGAGUCGAUCAAAAAAUGAUAUCAACACGCAUAAGGCAGCAUCUAGUCAUUUCAAUUCACAUUCCUCUACACGUUUAACUGCUCUAUAUGCUAUCUCACUGGUUCAAUGUAAAAUUCGUCCUUUUAAAACUGAUGUAUAUCGUUAUGGCUUAGAGUUUUGGAGUUUCCCAAAAGAUUAUUCACCUAACAAUGAUCACUCAACAACGAAUUCUGUUAAUAACAAUAAUAGCAAUAAUAGCAAUAAUAAUAAUCAGCAACAACCUGAACAGUUAAUUAUUAUCUCAGCUUUAGCUAAAACUGAUUAUCAUAAUCUACUGACCGACUUAUUUGAAGUAAUCUGUGAAGCAAAUCAUGUUGAUAUGGUAUUGAACAGUUAG